AUGGAGGGAGGGGUAGAGAGCGAUUACACAGAUGACACCAGCCUCUACUACAGCCAGCAGUCCAUGUUCCCUCCACACCGCGCUGACAAAGAUAUGUUGGCAUCUUCUUCUGCCUCCUCAACGGGUCAAUUAUCACAACUAGGAGCCAGCUUAUAUGGCCCACAAAGUGCUUUGGGUUUUCCUAUGCGUGGUAUGAACAGUGGUGCUGCGCCUCAGCUAAGUCGAACUGGGUUGAACCAGUCUGCCAGCCAGCUUUCCAGUCAUGCCAGUACGCCAAACACGGGCACAAUGCACACGCCACCUUCACCCAGCAGGAGUAUUCUACCUAUGAGCAGAGGAAAUGUCAUGAACCAUAGUCAGCAAGUGGGUGGCCCAACGGGGCAGUCUGGGGGAAUCGGUACAGGCGGAGAGCGCGGUGGAGGCAGCGGGGGCAGGAGCGGCAGCAUGGGCAGUCCGAGCCGGUCCUCACCAAGCAUCAUCGGGAUGCCCAAGCAGCAACAAACACGGCAACCUUUUACAAUUAACAGUAUGUCAGGUUUUGGGGUAAACAGGAAUCCAGGCUUUAACAUGAACAACUCCAUGUCUAACAACAUCUUCAAUGGCACAGAUGGCAGUGAAAAUGUGACAGGGCUGGACUUGUCAGAUUUCCCUGCAUUAGCUGAUAGAAGUCGAAGGGAUGGAAAUUCAAAUCCAACUCCAUUGCUCAACCCGCUGGCCGGUCGAGCUCCCUAUGUUGGCAUGGUAACUAAACCAUCCAGUGAGCAAUCGCAGGACUUUUCUAUUCACAAUGAAGAUUUCCCUGCUCUCCCUGGUGCAAACUACCAAACAAAAGAUCCAACCAACACCAACGAAGACAGUAAAACGAAUCUAAACUUGUCAGGCAAGUCUGCAUCAAACUCAGAUGGUCCAAAGUUCCCAGGUGACAAAAGCUCUGUAGCAUCAAGUAACAACAAUCAGCAGAAGAAGGGAAUCCAGGUUCUUCCAGAUGGGCGAGUGACAAACAUCCCCGCUGGCAUGGUAACAGACCAGUUUGGGAUGAUUGGGUUGCUCACGUUUAUCCGGGCAGCAGAAACGGAUCCAGGAAUGGUCCACUUGGCAUUGGGCUCCGACUUGACGACACUCGGGCUCAACUUGAACUCACCUGAGAAUCUUUAUCCUAAGUUUGCAUCACCAUGGGCGUCUGCACCUUGUCGACCGCAAGAUAUAGACUUCCAUGUCCCCUCAGAGUAUUUAACCAACAUCCAUAUAAGGGACAAGUUAGCAGCUAUAAAACUGUCUCGGUAUGGUGAGGAUUUGCUUUUUUAUCUUUACUAUAUGAACGGAGGAGACUUGCUACAACUUCUGGCUGCUGUAGAACUGUUUAAUCGGGACUGGAGGUACCAUAAAGAGGAGCGGGUUUGGAUCACUCGAGCCCCGGGUAUGGAGCCCACGCUGAAGACCAAUGCCUACGAGAGAGGGACCUAUUACUUCUUUGACUGCCUCAACUGGAGAAAAGUGGCCAAGGAGUUUCAUUUGGAAUAUGACAAGUUGGAAGAGCGACCUCAUGUUCCCUCUACUUUCAACUACAAUCCAGCGCAGCAGGCCUUUUGA